AUGUCGAGCGAAACGAACACUACUGAAGGGUCCUCGUCCUUAGCUAACGAAACGUUGUCUGUUACUACUUCCAAUGAAAACGCGGCUUUAAUGCAAGAAGAUUCCGCAGAAAAGCAAGCUCGCAAAAAGCAAAAUCGACAAAACUGGAAAAGCUCAUCUAAGGGCGACGGUAAAGAAGUCAAAGCAAACAAACCUACUGUAACUUCUGAUGAUAAUAAUGGGUCCGAUCAAUCUAAAAAUAAAGAGGCCGAAGUAUUAGAUAUAAAUGUUGCCCAACAUCAACGUCGAAAGUCAACUGCUAACACUUCCGACAUAUCAAACAAAAAUAAAAAUUCUAAUAACAAUAAUAUUGAUAAGUCCGUUCAUCGCCGCGGUAAAUCAAUGGCAAACGUUGGGGAGCUUCAAGGUGUCUCUUCAAAAAAUGGGAACGGUAAAUCUAAAGGUAGUAAAGAUGAUUCUGAAAACAAAUCAGAAGCUUUAGAAUCUUUGCAGCAAAUUAUUGCUAGUCUCAAAUGUUUACCGGCAGUUCCAUCUAAGUCUCAAAAGUCAGAAAAAAGAAAAGAUGGUGAUGAUAGUUCCGCUGACUUUGCUUCUAAACAUAAACUUCACGAGUCGAAUGCAUCUGGUACAGGAAAGCGGACUAAUGCGCCUUCUAAGCAACAUAAAAAGGGUACUUCAGUAUCAUUUUCAUUCCCUCUGACAACAGCAGUUACUACCUCAUUAAAGUCUAUCCCCGAUUCAGAAGAUGGUAAACCUAUUGACAUAGAAAAUGCUUUGCAAGACACUAUCUCCUCAUUGAGGCGCAUGAGUCUUGAUAAAGGCAAAAAUUCUAUGAAUAGAAAAUCUCCUAAUCCUGAUGACAUGGCACAGUCUAGCAUCGAUAAAAAACAAGAAUUUGAUUCUCCUAAGUCUCCAUUUGAUUUCAAGAAAUCCACGGACGACCAACGUCAACUAAAUACGAAGAAGACCCAUCGUCGUCAUCAAUCUCUUGGUUAUACGUUAUCUACCUCUUCGUCUUCAACAUCCAUUGUUAAUCCUAAUAUUCCUAUGCAUGGUCGACGCCACAGUGUAGCUCUUAAUGGUAGCAAGGAUGUGCUUAAAGAACUUGAAAAGAACCAAGGCAGACUUGCUGUACCGGAAGUGAAGGGCCAUCGCCGUAGCAAUUCCAGAAAUUUUGAAGGCAACUGGAGAUCAACUGCCUCGCCCCUUUCUGCCUUAGCUCAACCAUUCCAGCCAUUUCCGAUACCUAAAUUUGGUGCAAUUCAGAAGAAACAACAACAGAAUCAACAAAAUUCUAACAAUCAGCAACAAAGGAAGUCUCUCUUUGCACCUUAUCUUCCGCAAGCCUCUCUACCUCCACUUCUUAAAAGUUGCCAGCUUGUUUCCGGUGUUUUACGAAUUAAUAAACGUAAUCGAUCUGAUGCCUAUGUUUCUACCGAGUCACUCGAUGCUGAUAUCUACAUAUGUGGAUCCAAGGAUAGGAAUCGUGCAUUAGAAGGUGAUGUGGUCGCGGUAGAAUUAUUAGAUCCUGAUAAAGUUUGGCAAACUAAAAAAGAGAAGGAAGAGAAAAAGAGGAAAAAAGAAGAAAGCGCCGGAAUCGACAAAAAAAAAAUUGAUAAAAAGAAGGACGACGUUGAAGUUGAAGGGCAAGGUCUUCUGCUUUUUGAGGAUGACGACAUUGUUACAGAUGAACAGAGACCAAAAUAUUGUGGUCACGUUGUUGCAGUUAUGGAACGAAUGCCAGGACAGCUUUUUUCUGGAACACUUGCUCUUUUAAGACCGUCAUCCACUGCAACUAAAGAAAGGGAAGCAGCUGAAAAGGCUCGGAGAGAAGCCGAAGAUAGAGCUGCUGGUAUUGAACCUAAAGUAGAAGAGCCCCGGGAGGAUAAAAAAGAUGAUAAAAAUGAGCGUCCAAAAAUUGUCUGGUUUAAACCGACAGACAAACGUGUACCUUUAAUUGCCAUUCCAACUGAGCAAGCACCAAAUGACUUCGUCGAAAAUCAUCAAUCUUAUGCUCAACAAUUGUUUGUCGCUUGUAUUAAGCGCUGGCCCAUAACUUCUCUUCAUCCUUUUGGUACUUUAGUGACUCAAAUAGGGGAGAUUGGCAAUAUAGAAGUAGAAACGGAAGCACUUCUUAAAGAUAAUAAUGUUUCGUCUGAAGAAUUUAAUGAAAAUGUGAUAAAAUGCCUUCCAUCAAUUCCCUGGACUAUUCCUGAAAAGGAAUUUGAGAUACGUAGAGAUUUAAGAACAACAGCUAGGAUUUUCUCGAUUGAUCCCCCUACUGCAAAGGAUCUUGAUGAUGCUGUUUCAUGUUCUCGCCUGCCAGACGGAAAUUACGAAAUAGGUGUUCAUAUUGCAGAUGUAAGUUAUUUUGUUAAACAAAACAGUGCGCUUGAUAGAGAAGCUCGUAAGAGAGCGACAACCGUUUAUUUGGUCCAAAAAUCAGUCCCCAUGCUCCCGCCAUUAAUUUCUGAAGAAUUAUGCAGCUUAAACCCUGGUAAAGAUAGACUUUCCUUCUCUGUAAUUUGGAAAAUGACACCAGAAGGCAAACAUACAGAGACGUGGUAUGGUCGCACUAUAAUUCGACCAUGCGCUAAAUUAUCAUAUGAAAAUGCGCAGGAGGUGAUCGAAGGAAAACCUUUAAACCCUGAAGUCAAAAUUUUUAACGAUUACAAUGCUAAAGAAAUUGAGGCUGAUAUCAGAGUUUUCCACGGCCUUUCACAACGUUUGAGAGAUCAACGACUUAAGCGUGGUGCGUUGUCUUUGGGCUCUAUCAAACUAAAUUUUGAGCUGGAUGAACACAAUAGUCCUAUUGAAUGUAACGUAUACGACCAUAAAGAAGCUAAUCAGCUCGUCGAAGAAUUCAUGUUACUUGCAAACAUGAGUGUUGCACAAAAAAUAUCUAGUGCUUUUCCCGAGCAGGCUUUACUUAGAAGGCAUGCUCCUCCUAUUGAGCGUAGGCUUAAUGAUUUUGUUGAGCAUGUUAAAAGAUUAGGAUAUGAUUUUGAGACUUCAUCUGCUGGAGCUUUACAAAGAUCCUUCAAUUCUGUUGAUGACGAUGGUGUUAAACAGGUUUUGAAACUUCUUGCAAUAAAACCAAUGCAAAGAGCUAAAUAUUUCUGUACUGGAACUUUAGACAUUGCAAAAUAUCAUCAUUAUGCUUUGAAU